AGCAGAACACGUAGAGGGUUGAUUAUCUUACAAGUUUCAAACAAAUCCAAACAAAAGGGUUUAUUUUGGGUUUACAGGAGGCGUAAGUUUCCCACCUCUGAAACUUUUGUAUGGAUCAUCAAAUAGGCUAGGCUACUUUGUCGUGAGAAAGGCCCACUGGCGCGGAAAAAAUAACGCCCCUAGAUGCAGACCAUGGAAUGGAGAACUACCCAAAGUGUCCCUCAAGACAUUUACAACUAGGAACCUGGAGUGACAGUACCUAAUGGACGGAGUUUACACUGUGAUACGCUGCACACCCUUACUUUUCGGAGCUAUAUGAGGAUGCAUUUGACCUUUUUUAACCUGCCGGAGUUCAAAUAAAACGUAUGAUCUAUGUUAACGCUACUAUACAACAGCAUUAAAUCAGAAGAGAAGGAAUGCAUCUUUUCUUUGUGAAACUAACUUUCCUGGUAUCGUUUAUCGCUCUAACUCGAGGCCUGCGAUGCUCUACACCCACAGAGUCGUGUUUGAACCAGGGGAGGUGCGAAACCGCAGCAGAUGGAAACGGAGAGUGCAAGUGUAGCCAUGGUUUCGUGGGGAGCCGGUGCCAACACCGUGACCCCUGCCUGCCCUUCCCCUGCCAGCACGGCGCCUCGUGUCAAGCGGUGCCGCGCGGGAACUUGUACGAAUACAGCUGCUCCGAGAACCUGUGCCUCAGUUCUCCCUGCCGGAACGGAGGCACCUGUGAGAUGCUCAACCCCAGGGAGUGGAGGUGCCAGUGCCCCCCGGGGUGGUCAGGGAAAGCGUGCCAGCAGGCGGACCCCUGCACCUCCAGCCCCUGCGCCAACGGCGGCCGCUGCGUGCCCUUCGACGCGCACUACAUCUGCCAGUGCGCGCCCUCCUUCUCCGGCCAGACGUGCGGGCAGGACGUCAACGAGUGCGCCCAGAGCCCCUCGCCGUGCAGGAACGGCGGGGUGUGCCGCAACGAGGUGGGCAGCUACCGGUGCCAGUGCCCGCGGGAGUACGCGGGGCAGAACUGCGAGCGGCGCUACCUGCCCUGCAGUCCCUCGCCCUGCCACAACGGGGGCACCUGCGUUCAGAGGGGCGACACCAGCUACGAAUGUUCCUGCGUGCCAGGAUUCUCAGGUCAGAACUGUGAUCACAACAUAGAUGACUGCCCCGGGCAUGAGUGCCAUAACGGAGGAACCUGCGUAGAUGGGGUCAACACCUACAACUGCCAGUGCCAGCCAGAGUUCACAGGUCAGUUCUGCACCGAGGACGUGGACGAAUGUCAGCUGAUGCCCAACGCGUGCCAGAACGGCGGCACGUGCAACAACGCCUACGGCAGCUACCAGUGCGUGUGCGUCAACGGUUGGACGGGGGAGGACUGCAGCGAGAACAUCGACGACUGCGCCAGCGCCGCCUGCUCGGCGGGCUCAAUCUGCCACGACCGCGUGGCCUCCUUCUACUGCGAGUGCCCCCACGGGUCCAAGGGGCUGCUCUGCCACCUGAACGACGCCUGCAUCAGCAACCCCUGUCAGAAAGGUUCCAACUGUGACACCAACCCCAUCAGCGGCCGGGCGAUCUGCACCUGCCCCCUGGGGUACUUUGGAGCCGCCUGUGACCAGGACAUGGACGAGUGCUCUCUGGGAUCGAAUCCGUGCGAGCACGCGGGGAAGUGCAUCAACACCAAAGGCUCCUUCCAGUGCCGCUGUCAACAUGGCUUCGUGGGGGCUCGCUGCGAGCUGGACGUCAACGAGUGCAAGUCCAACCCCUGCCGGAACGAAGCCACCUGCUUGGACCAGAUAGGAAGCUUUCACUGCAUCUGCAUGCCAGGCUAUGAGGGAGUUUUCUGUGAGGUCAACACCGACGAGUGUUCCAGCAACCCCUGCUUCAACAACGGCAAGUGCAAGGACAAGAUCAACACCUUCGACUGCGAGUGCCCUACAGGCUUCAGUGGGAACCACUGCCAGAUAGAUAUCGACGAGUGCGCCAGCACGCCUUGCCAGAACGGGGCACAGUGCACCGACGGGCCGAACAAGUACACCUGCAAAUGCACUGAAGGCUACUCGGGACAGCACUGUGAGACGGAGAUCAACGAGUGCUCCUCGGGCCCCUGUCACUACGGCGACUGUAUAGAUGGGCUGGCCACCUUCACCUGCAGCUGUCGCCCAGGUUACACGGGCCGCCUGUGCGAGACCAACAUCAACGAGUGUCAAUCUCAGCCUUGUAGGAACGGCGGGACCUGCCAGGACAGGGACAACGCCUACGUCUGCACCUGCCCCAAGGGCACAGUAGGGGUCAACUGUGAGGUCAACAUAGACGACUGUCAGAGCAAGCCAUGCGACUACGGGACCUGCAGAGACAAGAUUGACGGCUACGAAUGUGUCUGUGACCCCGGCUACACUGGCACCAUGUGCAACAUCAACGUGGACGAGUGUUCCCCCGACCCCUGCCACAACGGCGGCACCUGCCAAGACGGCAUCAACGGCUUCACCUGCGCGUGCCCCGACGGUUACCACGACGCCACCUGCUUCUCCCAGGUCAACGAGUGCCUGAGCAACCCCUGUAUCCACGGCCACUGUCAGGACAAAGUCAACGGGUACGACUGUCUGUGUGACUCGGGCUGGAGCGGGAAGGACUGCGACGUCAACAACAACGAGUGCGAGUCCAACCCGUGCAUGAACGGAGGGACGUGCAAGGACAUGACCAGCGGCUACACCUGCUCCUGCCGGGCAGGCUUUACUGGUCCCAGUUGCCAGGCCAACAUCAACGAAUGUGCGUCCAACCCGUGCCUCAACCAGGGCUCCUGUAUCGACGACGUGGCGGGCUACAAGUGCAACUGCUUCCUCCCUUACACCGGUGAGAACUGUGAGACGCUGCUGGCGCCCUGCAGCCCCUUGCCCUGUCAGAACGGAGGUGUUUGUCAAGAGUCUGAGGACUACGAGAGCUUCUCCUGUGUGUGUCCCAAGGGCUGGCAGGGCCACACCUGCGAGGUGGACAUCAACGAGUGCGUGAAGAGCCCCUGUCUCCACGGCGCCACCUGCCAGAACAGCCCGGGCUCCUACCGCUGCAGCUGCAAGCCGGGCUACAGCGGCCGCGACUGCGAGGCCAACAUGGACGACUGCAAACCCAACCCCUGCAGCAACGGGGGUUUCUGCCAAGACGAGGUGAACUCCUUCGCGUGCAGCUGCCUUCCCGGCUUCCGAGGGACGAGGUGCGAGGAGGACAUCAACGAGUGCGACAGCGACCCCUGCCAGAACGACGCCAACUGCACCGACUGCGUCAACAGCUACACCUGCACCUGCUCCCCGGGCUUCGGUGGCAUCAACUGUGAGAACAACACGCCCGACUGCACCGAGAGCUCGUGUUUCAACAGUGGUACCUGCGUGGACGGCAUCAACACCUUCACCUGUCUGUGCCCGCCGGGGUUCACGGGCAUCUACUGCCAGCACGACAUCAACGAGUGCGACUCCAAGCCCUGCGUCAACGGGGGCACCUGCCUGGACAGCUACGGAACCUACAAGUGCUCCUGUCCCCACGGAUACACGGGCCUCAACUGCCAGAACCUGGUGCGCUGGUGUGACUCGUCGCCCUGUAAGAACGGGGGCAGCUGCUGGCAGAGGGGCACCAUCUACACCUGCGAGUGUGAGACAGGCUGGACGGGUCACUACUGCGACGUGCCCAGCGUGUCCUGCCAGGUGGCGGCCAAGCAGAGAGGUGUGGACGUGCUGCAGCUGUGUGGUAACUCUGGUCAGUGUCUGGAUGCAGGCAGCAGCCACUACUGCCAGUGUCAGGCGGGCUACACGGGCAGCUACUGCGAGGAGCAGGUGGACGAGUGCACGCCCAACCCCUGCCAGAACGGAGCGACCUGCACCGACUUCCUGAGUGGCUACGCCUGCAAGUGUAUACCAGGCUACGUUGGGACCAACUGCUCCGAGGAGAUCAAUGAGUGUUUCUCCCAGCCCUGCCAGAACGGGGGCACCUGCAUUGACCUGAUCAAUCACUACAAAUGCUCCUGUCCCAGAGGAACACAAGGGGACCACUGCGAGAUCGACGUCAACGACUGCGCCCCGUUUUCCAACCCGCUCACCAAGGAGCCCAAGUGCUUCAACAAGGGGAGGUGUGUGGACCGCGUGGGGGGCUACCACUGCGCGUGCCCGGCCGGCUACGUGGGCGAGCGCUGCGAGGGCGACGUCAACGAGUGCCUGUCGAACCCCUGCCACACCCGGGGGACUCACAACUGCGUGCAGCUCACCAACAACUACCGGUGCGAGUGUCGGACGGGAUACACAGGCCUGCGCUGUGAGGAGGUGUUUGACGGUUGUAAGAGCAGACCCUGUCAGAAUGGAGGCUCCUGUGCGGUGGCCAGCAACACUCCUCAGGGCUUCAUCUGCAAGUGUCCACCUGGUUACACCGGCUCCACGUGCGAGUACGACGCCCAGGCGUGCGGCUCCCUCCACUGCCUCAACGCCGGCACCUGCGUCUCCGGCCCCCGGAGCCCCCGCUGCCUCUGCCCUCCUGCCUUCUCCGGGCCCGCGUGCCAGUACCCCAGCAGCAGCCCCUGCACGGACAACCCCUGCUACAACGGGGGCACCUGCGAGUACACCUCGGCGCCGCCGUACCACCGCUGCGUGUGCCCCUCCCGCUUCGACGGGCUGCUGUGUCACAUCCUGGACCCGCGCUCCCCGGGCGGGUUCGGCCGCGAGAUCACCCCUCCCCCCCCCGCCGAGGUGGAGGAGAGCUGCCCGGUGGCCCAGUGCGCCGAGCGACGGGGGGACCGCUCCUGCCACGCGGCGUGCAACAACCACGCCUGCGGCUGGGACGGCGGCGACUGCUCGCUGAACUUCGACGAUCCCUGGCAGAACUGCACGGCGGCGCUGCAGUGCUGGCGCUACUUUGGCGACGGGAGGUGCGACCAGCAGUGCAACAACGCCGGCUGCCUCUACGACGGCUUCGACUGCCAGGAUGCGGAGGUGCAGUGCAACCCGCUGUACGACCAGUACUGCAAGGACCACUACGCGGACGGCCACUGCGACCAGGGCUGCAACAAGGCCGAGUGCGAGUGGGACGGCCUGGACUGCGCCGACGACGUCCCCGAGAAGAUGGCGGCGGGCCGCCUGGUCCUCGUGGUCUACAUCGUGCCCGAGCAGCUGCGCAACAUCACCUCGUCGUUCCUGCGCGAGCUCAGCCGCGUGCUCCACACCAACGUGCUGUUCCGGAAGGACGCGCGCGGCGAACUCAUGCUCUACCCGUACUACGGCAGCGACCGGGAACUCGGGAAGCACAACAGGAAGCGCUCGGCCGACUGGUGGGGGGGGGGGGCGGCGGCUGCGCCGGGCGAGGUGGAGGGGAGCCUGUCCCGAGUGCUCGGAAGAGACAGGAGGGAGCUGGACCACAUUCAGAUUAAAGGGUCGAUCGUGUACCUGGAGAUCGACAACCGCCAGUGCCUGCAGCAGUACGAGGAGUGCUUCCACAGCGCCACGGACGUGGCCGCUUUCCUGGGGGCCCUGGCCUCCAGCGGCAGCCUCGACAUCCCCUACGUCAUCGAGGCCGUCCGCAGUGAGUCGGACCCUCCUCCCCCCGUGCUCUACCCCGUCUACGUGGUCCUGGUCGGGCUGGGGCUGCUGGCCUUCCUGGGCGUGGGGAUGGUGGCGUCCAGGAAGCGGCGGCGCGAGCACGGACAGCUGUGGUUCCCCGAGGGCUUCAAGAGCAGCGAGCCCAGCAAGAAGAAGAGACGGGAGCCCGUUGGGGAGGACUCGGUGAGGCUGAAACCUCUGAAGAACCCUUCGGACCUGGCCCUGAUGGACGACACUCACCAGGACUGGGGGGACGAGGAGUCGUCCGACGCCAAGCGCUUCAGGCAGUUUGAGGAGCAGGCGAUUCUGGAGCUGGAGGACCAGCCGGACCAGCGGCAGUGGACCCAGCAGCACCUGGAUGCAGCCGACCUGCGGGUCCCCUCCGUGGCCCCCACUCCACCCCAGGGAGAGAUCGAGAGCUACUGCAUGGAUGUGAACGUCAGAGGACCAGACGGCUUCACCCCCCUGAUGAUCGCCUCCUGCAGCGGCGGGGGCCUGGAGACGGGCAACAGUGAGGAGGAGGAGGACGCGUCGGCCAACGUCAUCAGCGACUUCAUCUACCAGGGUGCCAACCUCCACAACCAGACGGACCGCACGGGCGAGACGGCCCUCCACCUGGCGGCGCGCUACGCCCGCUCCGAUGCCGCCAAGCGCCUGCUGGAGGCCAGCGCCGACGCCAACGUCCAGGACAACAUGGGCCGGACGCCGCUGCACGCCGCCGUGGCCGCCGACGCCCAGGGAGUCUUCCAGAUUCUGAUCAGGAACCGGGCCACAGAUCUGGACGCCCGCAUGCAGGACGGCACCACCCCUCUGAUCCUGGCCUCCAGGCUGGCCGUGGAGGGCAUGGUGGAGGAGCUCAUCACCUGCCACGCUGACGUCAACGCCAUUGACGACUUCGGUAAAUCUGCCCUGCACUGGGCAGCCGCUGUCAACAAUGUGGAGGCAGCCAUCGUACUGCUGAAGAAUGGUGCCAACAAGGACCUGCAGGACAACAAAGAGGAAACCCCUCUGUUCCUGGCCGCCAGGGAGGGCAGCUACGAGACGGCCAAGGUCCUCCUGGAGCACUUUGCCAACCGCGAGAUCACCGACCACAUGGACCGGCUGCCCCGGGACAUCGGCCAGGAGCGCAUGCACCACGACAUCGUCCGCCUCAUGGACGAGUACAACCUGGUCCGCAGCCCGCCGAUGCACGGGGGGGGGUCCCUCGGCACCACCCUCUCCCCGCCGCUGUGCUCCCCCAACGGCUACCUGGGGAGCAUGAAGCCCCAGGGCCAGGGCAAGAAAGCCCGCAAGCCCAGCGCCAAGGGCAUCGGCUGCAAGGAGAGCAAGGACGUCAAGGCCAAGAAGAAGGCGUCCCAGGAUGGGAAGGGCAGCCUCCUGGACGGCUCGGGGGUGCUCUCCCCCGUCGACUCGCUGGAGUCCCCCCACGGGUACCUCUCGGAUGUGGCCUCUCCUCCCAUGAUGACCUCUCCCUUCCAGCCGUCCCCCUCCAUGUCCCUCAAUCACCUCCAGGGCAUGGCCGACCCCCACAUGGGACUAGGCCACCGGGGCAUGCCCAACAAGCAGGAGCUGGCGCGGAUGCAGUUCGACCCGCUGCCGCCCCGCCUCACCCACCUACCGGUGGUGGGCGCCAACGGCUCGGCGGGCAUGAACGGGCAAUGCGAUUGGCUGUCCAGGAUGCACGCCGCCCUGAGCCAGCCCGGCCCGUUCAACCCCAUGAGGGGCGCGGGGGGGCAGGGGGGCUUGCACCAGGGCGGGGGGCAGCAUGGCAUGCUGGCGUCGCUUCACAGCGGCCAUCCGUCCCAGAUGAUGAGCUACCAGGGCCUGCAGGGCGCCGCACACCUCCUGCCAAGCCAGCAGAUGCAGUCCCUCCAGCAGCAGCUCCAGCAGCAGAGCAUCCAGCUUCAGAACUCCAACACGACCAGCAGCCAGAGUUUUGUCGGCAGCGAGCUGAACGCCCCCGAGCUCCAGCAAGGCCCAGGAGGCAACGCCAGCAUGCCCAUCCACACCCUCCUUCCCCAGGAGACCCAGAUACUGCCCUCCUCUGUCAGCCAGUCCAUGCCCAGCACCCAGUUCCUCACCCCGCCUUCGCAGCACAGCUACUCUGGCCCCAUGGACACCACGCCCAACCAGCAGCUGCAGGUGUCCAAACACCCUUUUCUGACCCCUUCUCCUGGCUCCCCCGACCAAUGGUCAAGCUCCUCCCCGCAUUCUAACAUGUCCGAUUGGUCAGAGGGAAUUUCGAGUCCUCCAACCAGCAUGCAGUCUCAGAUGGAACAUAUACCAGAGCAAUUUAAGUAGGGAACCUUAUACCAAGAUGGACUGCGCUAUAUUUUUCUAUAGAAAAAGUACUCUUGAGGGAACAAUAUCUUUUUAUAUGCUUUGAUACUAACCAUAAAUAAUAUUCCCUGUUUUCUUUUUUAUUUAUUCAUGUUUGUAUUUAUACUUCUCAUCACCCUAGCCAACAGAAACUUGCUUAGAGCUUUUUUUCAGUUAUGUAACACACAGUGGGUAUUUAUUGGUCAAGGAUUUUCACUUUUUGUCCCUUUUUUAUCACAUUUUCAUAAAUCUCUUGUUUAUAUUUUUGUAUCAUCUUGUAAAAUACCACAUUAAUUUACAGGCAUUUUAUAGAGCACAUUUCAGGUUGUUUUAAUUUGUUCAGUAUUUGUAGUGGAAGAAAAUGUCAUGUGUUGAUAGACUUAACAAAUAAAUGUCAAAUGUACUAUUUUAUUUUGUACGUUGAUGAUUACACAAAGUUCUCAGUUCAAAAGCAAAGGUUAUGUUUGUUUCUGGAGCUGCAUGUAUGGCUCAAAUCAAACAAGCUUCAAGUUAUAGCUUCCUUACUCCACUGUGUGUUUGUUUGUUUGUAUGUGUGUGUGUGUGUGUUUUUGAUGUAUUGUAAAUAAUACAGCCAUCUUGGAGAUUGACGUUUAAAAAGAAGAUGCUUAAGUCUCUCAAAAUUGUGUAUCCACUUAGGUUCUAUAGCCAUGUGGCCAAGAUGUAUCUAAUUGUUCAGAGGGAUACAGACUUUCCCUCUCCUGUGUUUGAGCCUGUGGCUAUGUUGUUUAACUGUAUGCAUAUAAUGCAUUUCAUUUUGAAAGCAGGAUUUUGUUUAAAAAAUCUUAAAUGUUACCUUUUGCAGUCCAUUUGCAUGAUUCUUUUUUUUCCGAAUAUCAAAAAUCAAAGGUAAACAGAUUGGAUUCUUAUUUAUUGAUUUAUAAAUCAAGACAGUAUUAUUGGGACAUUUUGUUAAAUGAAUUUUUACGCAAUGUAAAAAGGAAGACGUUUGUGUCCUGUUUUGUAGAUGAUGUCUUGUAAUCCUUUGAUGUUCUUAAAAAUAUAUAGAAAACUGUUGGCCCAAAUUGCAAUCUAAAAUCUGUAAUAAAAUGAUACCAUCCUG